AUGACGGUGCAUUGCUGCGUUCCGCAGUGCAAGCAGCGCGGCAUCAGCGACAGCGACGGGAAUAAGGUAUCCUUUCAUCGCUUUCCGAGAGAUCCCACCCUCUACAAGAAAUGGAUUAUCGCAAUGAAAAGAGACGAAGGUGCUAACUUCCGCGUAAACAUGAAAUCGACGAAAGUGUGCUCCAAGCACUUCCGUACAUGUGACUUUAUACCUGGCGUGGCUAGCGGGCACAACCUCCUUAGGGACACUGCAGUACCAUCAGUGUUCGCCUUCAAACCGCAAAGCAAAGUUCGGAAGCCCCCAAAACAACGUGCACCACCACUGGUAAAGAAAAAUGACCACCCCCUGCAGUCAGUGGCACCGACAGCUCAAGCGAGUGAAGUCGUGCACCAAGACGCAGUGAUGGGCAGCAGUGAUGGAGUGGAUGCCGCUGUUGCAAGCCCAGUGGAACCGGUUCACGACUGCUCUUCACGUGCUGCAGAAGCCGAGCAUCUUGCAAGUGUAGUUGACCAGCAGAAGAGAGAAAUAGCACGGCUUCGUGAUGAAUGUGAACAGCUGAGACAGCAACUGGAAAACGCAAGGGGUGCACUACGUGAGCUUCAUGCAGAAAAAAUCCGCCUCGAGUGCCAGGUUUCGCAAGAGCAGAGAAAAUCAGCUUCCUUUUGCAUCGAGCGCUUCAAAGACUGCGAUGAAGACUUCAUGUUUUACACUGGUCUUCCGGGAUAUCAUCACUUCACAGCAUUGCUGCGUUUUCUGGACACUGGGAAAGAUGGCUGCAAUGUCUUGCGGACAGAAAGUAGCAGUGGGGAGAAUUCUUUGAGGGGCCGUAAGCGAAAACUAACCACAGAGAAUGAACUCUUUUUAGUUCUUGUGAGACUACGUCUUGGUCUCUUCGAAGCAGACUUGGCACACCGGUUUUCCAUUGCGCAGUCCACAGUGUCAAGGAUUUGCAUGUCCUGGUUGAAUUUCCUGUAUGCAAAGUUGAGCACAUUUCCCCUGUGGGCACCAAGGGAAACAACAGAUGCAAUGAUGCCAGGUGAUUUUGUUAAGAAAUAUGCAUCAACGAGGGUAAUUCUGGAUGCAACGGAGGUACAGUGCGAGGUGCCGACCUCUCCGUCGCUUCAGUCAAGCACAUACUCAAUGUACAAAUCAGCAAACACCUUUAAAGGGCUUGUCGGUGUACUGCCUAAUGGGCUUCUGGCCUUCGUGUCCGAGCUUUACACAGGAUCGACAUCAGACAGAGAAACUGUCAUAAGGAGCGGCUUUUUAGAGUUGACAUUUGAAGAGAACGAUUCUGUGAUGGCAGAUAAGGGUUUCCUCAUUGAGGAUUUGCUUGAGAGAAAAGGCGUAAAGCUGAAUCUGCCCCCUUUCUUGAGAGGCCGCACAUUCACAGAUGGACAAGUGCAAGAAACCAAAGAAAUCGCAUCUCUAAGAAUUCAUGUGGAACGUAGAAUACAAAGAAUUAAGGCAUAUCAUAUAUUCGAUCGGCCGAUACCACUGACCCUUGCCCCUGUAGCUAAUCAGAUUUGGACAGUGGCAGCUAUACUCACAAAUUUUCAGUCCCGUCUCAUAAAUCGCACAGGAAGCGCAGAUAUGAUGGCAGGCUGAAACCUAACGUGCAUAUUUAUGACAAGU